GUAUCCAUUGAAGUGACUCGACUCGUCACUCGACUCAGUCAUCCACGUCUGAAGGAAAAGAAAAGACUUAUGUCGUCUUCAGACGUGCGGUGGAGGUGCAUCAAGGACGAACCGCUCCCAGCUCCUGGCCACACGGUAUUAGCGGUUCUCACAAUCCCCUAUCACAACACUCAAUCCUUCAAAUGUACCCCUGUACUAUCAACGCAAACACCCACAAGAGAAACACCCAAUUCAAAAGCCCCCGAAGCCACAACGCUCCUGACGAGUGCAAGUUUUGCUCCCUCGAGAAAGAGUUUCGGGCCAGGCGGCAUUACUCCAAGACACGGGCCAAGCACCUGAAGUCUCUGAAAACCGUCCGAAAAGAUGACCACUUCUACAAAUAUGACUAUGAGUUGGGAGUGGCAGAUGCCAUGCACGAAAUGGAUUUCGGAUUGCGAAUGGAAUUCAGUAAGGAAUCCGUGGUAUUCACUAAGUCUUUGGCGUGGCCCAUGAUGUCCCGUGAAUGGCCGGAGUGGGAAAGAGAUGACGAAGCGGAGGAAGAAGAAUCGCCAGCAACAGCAGACCAAGCAGAGAAAGAAUGGUCAGAGACAGCAACGGAAAGAAUCCAGCACCAAGAGGAGAUCAGAGAUGCAUCAAGGCAAUACCCCAACGAGUUUGUGCUGGUGGAUCCCACCCCUGAAGAUGAGCCUUCAGAGUUUUCAUUUUCAUUCGUUCAUUGCAAAGAUUGUGACAGUCAAGAUGAGGAGGCUGGGUCGUUGGGAUGGGAUGUUCUGAGCGAAGGGGCAACUAUCUGCUGUGCUUCUGCUGUUGCCGGACCGCCUUCGUAUCGGGAUGCGCUUGUUCGGGGGCUUGCUGCCAAGGCAAAGGCCAAGCCACCCAAGUAAGAAUUCGACGAUGAUGACAACGACGAUUGUUGUGAUUUGGAAUUCUCUUGGGGCGGUGCCAAGUGAACCCGAGGAGGACGCCCCAAAAGAAUUUUCAAAGGCAAUGCCAAAGCCCGCGGUCGUGUCGUCUGGCAGGCACCUGGCAUGCCCCGCCGGGUUCGCAAGGCCCAGGCAUGGUGCAGCGGGUCCUCGCAACCCCCAUGUGGUGGUUUUUCCACAGGCAACAAAGCCAUUCGGACUACCGAGACAAUGUCCGGCAAGGAAAGGACGAUACGGCGUAUAUUUUAAUUAAAGUGAUCAGCAUCGCAAACAUUCACAGGGAGC